AAUCUAUGUUUUUUUCAACAACAUUUAAUACUCCGUGCUUUUAUUUCUGGGUAUUAAACAAGUCCUAAACAAACCCUAAAGGUCGGCCGCCAAAAUUUCCCGCACAUAUCAAUUUUGGUCCAUAAACCCUAAAGUUACCCAUGCGUUGAUUCCCCCCGGUGGUUGCGGAGACACUGAUGGCGGCGGCGUCCAGCUCCGAGUGCGGCGGCCCGGCCGUCGGCAUCGACCUCGGGACGACCUACUCGUGCGUGGCGGUGUGGCGGCACGACCGCGGCGAGGUCAUCGCCAACGGCCAGGGCAGCCGCCUCACGCCGUCCUGCGUCGCCUUCGCCGCCGACGGCGCCGAGCGACUCAUCGGCGACGCGGCCCUCAACCAGGCCGCGCGCAACCCUACCAACACCAUCUUCGAAGUGAAGCGACUGAUUGGCCGCCGAUUCAGCGACGAGUCUGUACAAGAAGACAUCAAACUGUGGCCUUUCAAAGUCGUCGAAGGCCGCGAGGGCAGGCCGGCGAUUGUGGUGCGGCAUGACGGCGACGAGAGGCAGUUCGUGCCCGAGGAGAUCUCCGCCAUGGCGCUCGCCAAGAUGCGGGAGACAGCGGAGGUGUACCUCGGCAAGACGGUCAGGAACGCCGUCGUCACCGUCCCCGUCUACUUCAGCAACUCCCAGCGCCAGGCCACCAUCGACGCCGGCGCCAUCGCCGGCCUGAACGUCAUGCGCAUCAUCAGCGAGCCCACCGCCGCAGCCCUCGCCUACGGCCUCGAGAAGAUGCCCGUCACCAACAGAGACAGGACAGUGCUCGUCUUCGAUCUUGGGGGUGGCACCUUCGACGUCUCCCUCCUCAACGUCGAUCCGGGCGUCGACAUCGACAUGGGCCUCUUCGAGGUGAAGGCCACCGCCGGCGACACCCACCUCGGCGGCACGGAUUUCGACAACGAGCUGGUGAAACACUCCCUGCGGGAGUUCAUACGGAAGCACGGCUCGUCGGACAUCAAGAGCAACCAGAAGGCGCUCCGGCGGCUGAGGACAGCGUGCGAGAGAGCGAAGAGGAUGCUGUCUUCCAUGGCGGAGACCACCAUUGAGGUCGACUCGCUCCAUCAGGGCAUCGACUUCUGCGUCACCAUCACCCGGUCCCGGUUCGAGGAGCUGAACAAGCACCACUUCGCCAGGUGCAUGGAGGCCAUGGAGGGCUGCCUCCGCGACGCCAAGGUGGACAAGAACAGCGUGCACGACGUCGUCCUCGUCGGCGGCUCCACCCGCAUCCCCAAGGUGCAGGGCAUGCUCCGCGAGUUCUUCGACGGGAAGGAGCUCUGCCGGAGCAUCAACCCCGACGAGGCCGUCGCGUACGGCGCCGCCAUCCAUGCCUCAGUUUUGAGCGGCGGGAGCGACGACGACAGGAGGCUGGUGGAUAUGAUUCUGCGCGAAGUCACGCCGCUGUCGCUAGGGGUCGAGAUCAUAGGUCAGACAAUGAGCGUGGUGAUCCCGAAGAACACUGCCAUCCCGACCAAGAAGGUGAGAAACUACACUACCCUCUACCACAACCAAAUUGGCGUGGACGUUUUGGUGUACGAGGGCGAGAGCGCGAGCACCAAGGACAACCACCUGCUCGGCCAGUUCGUGCUGUCCGGCAUACCUCCGGCGCCCGCGGGCGUACCCGGCCUCGAUGCAAUCUUCGAGAUUGAUGCCAACGGCGUCUUGCACGUGUCUGCGGUGGUGAGGGACACCGGGGGGAAGAACAGCAUCAGCAUCACCAACCACAGCGGUCGCCUGAACAAGGAGGAGAUCGAGCGCAUGGCUCUGGAGGCCCAGAAGCACAAGACGAAGCAGAUCAAGUAAACCGAAGCAGUGUUUGUGAGAAUGCAAUUAAUUACCGGAAUCUAAUAUGCCAUAUCGGACCCACCAUAACCCAACAGAGUAUUAUCCUCAUCUUAUGGUAUUGUUAUGCAACUUCAGGCUUGGCUCAUGUUUUGUUGUUCCUGGAACCACGUUUUAAUUGGCGAUGUUAGAGCAAUUUCCUUGCAUUUGUUACAGUUUCAGUUUUCCUCCCAAGGACGCAGUUGUCUGAUGUCAAAAUGACCUAAUAACUACAGUGAUUGUUAGUUCUUGUAUCACUAAAAGAAGGGAAAAUGCUGAUUCCACCAUCAAAGA